AUGGCCUCUCCAUUCGACAGGGCGCCACCACGGCGCCAGUCGAUGCUGAACACAAGCAAUGACGGCGAAAAGGACCUGGCGCAUUCGCUCAAGCAGCUGUCUCUUUCGACCUCUCCCGCUAGCAACUCUCCCCGCACGCCGAGCGCACUCUCGCCGUUGAGACCGGUUAUGAAUAGGACCUCCCCUGCGCCGAGUCCUCGAGCACCCUCCCGCAGUCCCUCCUUUGCGAGAGAGCUCUCCCGGUCCCGAUCCUCGACCCCAACGCUCCAGCGAUCUUCAACGCCGACGCUCCAGCGCAAGACAUCUACGAGUUCUUUGCACUCUGUGGGCGGCUCCUCGAGUAGGACGCCUAGUAAAGCUCCUUCGCGACGGACCAGCAUGGCGUAUGCGUCCUCUCCCGUUGUCAAAUCACCCCUACGACCGAGCCCCCCUGAAUAUAUCAAGCCCCCACCCACGGCAAAUACAGUUGCUCGCGACUAUUUCAAGACCGAGUUGGACUUGCUUCACUCCCCGACUUCAACUCGUGCCACCGAAGCUCUAGUCAUACUACACGAUGCUUGCUACGGACACCGGUUCUCUCGUCCCAAGACCUCCCGAGCUGCCCUUAGCACCAUCGUCGAGCGACCCGAGAGAAUCAAGGCCGGUGUUUUGGGAGUAGCCAUGGCUUACGUGCGGCUUGGUGAGCGACAUUGCGAUGGCGCAUAUGCACUGCAUCCGAGCCUGGACCCUUCGUCGAUCCCGAAUAUCCCGUUUCGCAUUUACAAGACCGAUCGGAGACUGCCCCUGACAUCGCCGGCUGUCACCAACGUGCAUGGUACCAAGUGGAUGGAGGAGCUCAAGAUGAUGUGCGAUGUGGCUGAGACGAAAUUGGCAACGGGCGGAAAGGAGCUUCAGCGACCGGAAAUGAACCGAGGUGCGGAGGGACCGCCCGACAAGUUCCAUGAGGGUGAUUUAUACCUUUGUUCGGAAUCUCUCGAAGCGUUUGAGGGUGCGUUAGGCGCUGUCUGCGAGGCCGUGGAUCGCGUCUUCACCUCAGGCCCUCGUCGAGCUUUUGUUGCAGUACGUCCACCGGGGCAUCAUUGCUCAGCUUCGUACCCAUCCGGGUUUUGCUGGAUCAAUAAUGUACAUGUGGGAAUUAUGCAUGCCAUUCUCAACCACGGCUUGACUCAUGCGGCCAUCAUCGACUUUGAUCUUCACCAUGGAGACGGCUCACAGGCUAUUACGUGGGCGCACAACACACGAGGAGUGAACGCUGCCAAAAACACCGCUGCUUGGAAAAAGGCAUCCGUCGGCUACUUCAGUCUCCAUGACAUCAAUUCUUACCCUUGUGAGAUGGGAGACGAAGAAAAGGUGAAGAAUGCGAGUUUGUGCAUUGACAAUGCUCACGGUCAGAAUAUCUACAACGUUCAUCUGGAGUCGUAUGGCUCUGAAAAGGAGUUUUGGGAGUUGUACGAGUCCAAGUAUUCCGUCAUCCUAGAAAAGACCCGCAAAUAUCUCAAAACGCAAGCAGCUCGCCUACGCUCCCUCAACCUGCCCCCGAAAGCAGCCAUUUUCUUCUCGGCAGGAUUUGAUGCCAGUGAGUGGGAGACAAAGGGUAUGCAGCGUCACAACGUGAACGUUCCUACCGAGUUCUACGCCCGUAUCGCGCAAGAUGUCGUCAAAAUCGCCGCGGAGGAAGGCCUAGGAGUUGACGGCCGGGUGAUCAGUGUGCUCGAAGGAGGCUACAGCGAUCGCGCUCUGUACUCUGGCAUUUUCAGCCAUUUGAGCGGACUUUCAGGGGACCAGACUUCAGCAGAACCGACUCGGGGUCGCUCGUCACUUGGCCACGAGGCGGGACAGAUGACCGGGGCGAUUCCUGAUGGUCAAAGCAUUCCCAAGGGCCCAUCUCUAGCAUCUCUACACCCAUACAAUCCGGCUUGGUGGUCAACCGCUGAGCUGGACGAGCUUGAGGUGGCAAUGGGCAACCGACCACCAAGCCCCAAGGCGGUACGACACUCGACGCCGCCAACUUACUCUACACCUACCCAGGCGUCGAUUGGUAAGGCCGUAGACCCUGCCAGGAUGAGGCGCAUGGCGUCCGGCCUGUCAAACGGGAUGCCAUAUACUCGGCCGCCGACACCGCCCCCUCCCGAUGUUCACUGGACUGUUGCAGCUCACGAGCUGAGCAGGCUACUCAUCCCGUCGGACCGCCAAGUCGACAGCUGCAAGCCCGAGGACCUCAAUGCGGAAGCAACUAGGGCUAGAAGGGACCGGCAGUCGAUCCUCAACCCUGAUCUCGUACCGCCUGCGCCUGCACCUGCGCCUGCGCCGGCUCCAGUCAGCAGGCCAACCUCACGAAUGUCGCUGAGAGAACGCAAACCAGCGAGGCCGGGCAUGUACGUUGAUGCUGACGAGGACGAAGACAAGCAGUCUAAGAACAGACGGAAAACGGUGGCGGGGUCGUCUGCGCUCUCUUCGGACAAGGUUGGUGACAUCUCGCAAGAUCCUCUGGAGACCUGGACUAACACAAUGACUAGGCUGCAGCUCGUGGUAUCACGUCUGAUACGAACGGAGCAGCCCAGCGGCCAGGCCGACGCCUUAGUGCGGUGUCGUCGGUGGCUUCAAAUGCUUCAGAGAUGA